AUGUUGGGAAGUGUCUUUUACUUUUAUUUGUAUAUUCAGUCUCAACAGGUCUCCAACGGCAAUCGUGUCAUCCUUGGACAACACUAUCAGAUAGACUGGGAUGAACAGUGCAGUCGAAAUGAAAUCUACCCGAGAUCGACCAGACGGAAGCAGAAGCGGAGGGAGACCAGGGACAGGGUCAAGAACAUCCUGUUCAAAGUGCAAUAUGAUUGGAGUACCAAGAAAGUAUAA